CAAAGACAACAGAAUAUGAUCGUCAAGCAGCACUUGAUCUUCAUCCUCUCCAGCCUGUGCGCGGACCUCUUUAAAGUGGCUGGGACAAAGAGCAAAGUGAAAGGUAGCCAAGGUCAGUUCCCCAUAACUCAGAAUGUGACGGUGGUGGAGGGGGGCACGGCCAACAUGACCUGCCGUGUGGAUUACAAUGAUGAACACUUCCCUCCAGUGGUCGAAUCCUGCACAACAGACCCUGUCUUUGGGGACAAGAAAGCUCUGAGGGACAACAGAAUCGAGCUGGUUCGAGCCUCGUGGCAGGAGCUCACCAUCAGAAUCAGUGACGUCAGCCUGUCAGAUGAGGGCCAGUACACCUGCUCACUCUUCACCAUGCCUGUCAAGACCACCAAGGCCUUCCUCACGGUUCUGGGAAUGCCAGUACGACCAGAAAUCACUGGAUUCACCAAGCCUGCCAAGGAGGGGGACAUCAUAACCCUGACGUGCACUACAACAGGCAGCAAACCAGCUGCCGUCAUCCGAUGGUUCCGCAAUGACAAGGAGGUCCAAGGCACCAAGGAGGUGAAUGCAACAGGAAAGUCAUUCACAGUGAAAAGCAGCCUCCAGUUUCAGGUGGACAGACGGGAUGAUGGGGUCGCCUACACCUGCAGCGUGGAGCAAGUGUCUCUGUCCAACCCCUACAUGACAACAGAGGUCCUAGAGGUCCACUAUGUUCCCCAUCUGGAGAUUACACAUUCACUGAUUAUUCCACAAGAAGGCCAAUACUUCAAAUUGGAGUGCGUUUCCAUAGGCAAUCCAAUACCUGAACAGGUGCAGUGGUCUAAAGAUGGAGGAGAGCUGCCAGACAUUGAGCGGAUGAUUGUGGAGGGCAGGGAACUAACCAUCACCACACUGAACAAAACAGACAACGGCACAUACCGAUGUGAGGCCAGCAACUACCUGGGGACCAGCAGUGCUGAAUAUGUACUGUUUGUAUAUGCCAAAGGCUUACCAGGGCCCACAACAGACCCCAACGCUUUAGGACAGCACGGACCUGACCACGCUUUAAUCGGUGGUGUUGUUGCAGUGGUCGUCUUCAUCACCUUGUGUUUGAUAAUAGUUCUGGGACGUUAUCUGGCCAGACAUAAAGGGACAUAUUUAACACACGAGGCCAAAGGCGCGGAGGAUGCCCCCGAUGCAGACACGGCCAUCAUCAACGCCGAGGGAAACCAUGUGCACGCAGAGGAAAAGAAAGAGUAUUUCAUUUAGACCUCUGUUGCUCAUUUGUUUUUGCUCAUUUUGACAAUUUUGGAUGGCAGGUGUGAUUUUUGAAGCUGCCUCUGCGUUGGUACAUAAUCUGUUUCAUUUGUCCUCACAUGAUUAUAUGCUUAUUUUCAAAGCAUUUGCUGACAACAUACUCUUCUCCAUUUGUAUUCAGUCUGAACUGUGUCCUUUGGGAUUAUUUCCAAGGUCCCAUGGUAGAAAACUGUUGUACUUUUUAAAAAAUAUAUUUCUUUCAGUUAUAACAGCCUGAUUUCUUCACUCAACCUGUAACAAAGCUUUUUUUGUCAUUUAUGUUUCAACGCAUCAGCUUUUCAUACUGUUUUGUUGUAACAGCAAAACAUGAUAGAUCCACAACUUCAUCAGAUAUUAACAUUUGAUGAAGAAUUUUUUUUUUUAAAAGUGCCCUUUUUGUUGCGCGGAGUCAACCCCACUGUGCCCAUACUGCAUUUAUUUAAAAUAAAUAAAAAUCCUGAAGUAGACCAAACAUUUUGACAAGACAAAACAAAACGUAGAAGCACACUUGGUGAUCGUCUCUAGAUGACAUCAGCUCACUUUUAGCAGUGUCUGUGUAUUCUUGCAUUGAUUUAUUUCCAUUUUGAUUGUGUUUUGCUGUUGUUUACCACAACAGAGAGCAAGUUAGAAAAUUAAAGCACAAAGUCUGAGGACUAAAAUGGAGGGAUAACACAUCAACUGUUUCUCAGGAUUCAAUGCGAGUCUCGACAGAGAGAUGAUGUCAGUUAUACGAUGAGGAGUUCAAAAGUUGUUGCCACUAAUGAAUUUUUUUCGUUGCCUAUUUCACGUACAAUCCAACUGGAAUGAAUGAAACCUUGUGGGUGUUCUUUAUGUAUGUUAUUUUAUUGAAUAACUAUGCUCAAUAUGUGGAUAUUGCUGUAAAAUACUUUGCUAACGUGAAUAAUGGUGAACGAAAUUGUUGAAACUUGAGAUUCCUGACACAUAACAAUUUGUAUAUUAGCAUAAUCACUAUUUACAUACUCCACAUUUUAAUUUUUGUCAUUAAGCUAAGUAAAACCAGAGAUUGUUUUGCCAGAAGGCGUGUAAAUAAUGUGUAAGUAUUAUGUUUUAGUAAAAGAAAACACAAAUUAGAGCUUUUUAAUUUCAGAUCAUAUCACUACCUGUCACUUUGAAGAUACCGUUUUCACAUUUUGAAAGAAUUCUUCAAACAGGGAUCCGAAUCGAAAGAAUAAAAUGUGUGUAUGUGUGUGUGUUGGGGGGAGGGAAUCUGGUUAAAAUAUAUGUAUUUAUUAUUCUGAUUGACAUUUAUUAGAUAAUACUGUAUUGAUUGAUAUUAUUGCUGUCAUUACUAAAGUUGUUGUCUGACAUUAACCUUUCCAUUUGCUUUUUUGUUUGUUUGAUUUUUAUUCUGUAAGUUAUCAUGACAAACAAUAUGAUGAUCACCGUUAUGGCCUUUGAGUUUGCUGCAAACAGUAUUAAUGACAUGCUGAGGCAUUGGUGAAUCAGACAUCCCCUCACUGUACAUAGUCACUGUAUUAAAUUCAUUGUUGCCAAUGGACACAUGUUAUUUUGUUAGCUCAGUCAGUACAAUGCUAUAAAUAACUCAUUUUGUAUAAAGUUUUAUUCGCUGUAAUUAAUUUGCUUUUUAUGGGGGAUGUGUGAUGUAUUGAAUAUUCAUUUUUCAACUAUGCCACUGUAAAAAAAAAAUGAAAAAAAGAAAAAGAAAAGAAGGAAAAUCUGGAUUAAAGUAUGAACAACUUGAAAAU